CUUCCAGGUGUCAGCUCACAUAUGGAUGAUGAAUACAAAUGGGCUGGAGUUGAAGAUCCAAAAGUCAUGGUGACCACAUCCAGAGAUCCAAGUUCCAGACUCAAAAUGUUUGCUAAGGAGGUCAAGCUGAUGUUUCCCGGAGCUCAACGCAUGAACAGAGGAAACCAUGAGAUUGAUGCACUGGUGAGAGCGUGCAAAGCCAACAACGUUACUGACCUCGUCAUCAUCCAUGAAACCAGAGGACAGCCAGAUGGCCUAGUGGUGUGCCACCUGCCAUUUGGACCCACAGCUUAUUUCACGCUUUAUAAUGUGGUAAUGAGGCAUGAUGUCCCGGACAUAGGCACCAUGUCUGAAGCCUACCCACAUCUCAUCUUUCACAACUUCACCUCACGGCUUGGCAAGCGGGUAUCCAAUAUCCUCAAGUAUCUUUUUCCAGUACCAAAAGAGGACAGUAGGCGAGUUAUAACUUUUGCCAACCAAGAAGACUUCAUCUCUUUUCGACAUCACACUUACAAGAAAAAAGACCACAAAAACAUAGAAAUGACAGAAGUUGGGCCCAGGUUUGAAAUGAAAUUAUACAUGAUCAAACUGGGUACCCUGGAAAAUGAAGACACUGCAGAUGUUGAGUGGCGACACCACACAUAUACGCACACGUCAAAGAAAAGAAGAUUUCUCAGUGUUCAGUAG